CUCAGGAUUGUGGGUUGAAUUAAAGAUGGCGCUGUGCGCGUUGCUGGGGAAACGGUGUUGAGCGAUUUCCAACCCUCCCUCCAUCUCUAAAGGGAUUCGAUCGUGGUUCUUUUGUGUUCAUAUCAUCUGCAAUGCUUCACCUGUGUCUGAGGAGCAGCGUGAAGAGUCGAAGGUUGUUCCCUAUCUGCCCCGUGAAGACUCAGCCGCGAACGGGCGGGAGGACCAGCGCCGGCAGGAUCUGUCUGAACUGGGGUCAGCCAUGUUGGAGAUAUCCUCUGGCUACAGAGGUUUCAGAAUGUACUUCCAUCUCCCAGUUGUUGUACAAGUCAGGAAAAAGCAUCAGACAGUGUGUGUAUGGCUGGCUACGUGGCCGAGUGAGGACUCAUCAUACCUUCCUAUUGGUGACUUCUCCUGGGCUAAUAACUCUAGGACUGCAAUUCCGUAACAACGUCACGCAUUGUGAAGAGGAACAGAGGUGUAAAGUUAAGCAAUCCCCGCAACCUGUACCUGAAUUUAACUGGAAGGAGUUUUGGAAGUUUCUUCGCCCUGAAUUUGCUACUCUGAUUUGGGCAAUACUCUUUGCCUGUGGUGCAGCUCUGCUUAAUACUCAGAUCCCGCUGUUGCUGGGAGAUCUAAUGAAUGGUCUUGUCCAAUGCCUGCAGACGAACCCAGCCUGUUACCUCAAGGCUAUGAAGAUGCCGGCUAUAAAAUUAAUGAUUGCCUACACUCUUCAGGGAAUCCUGACUUGCUGUUACAUCACUCUCCUGUCCAGAAUUGGGGAGCGAGUUGCUGCCAACUUGAGGAAGGAAUUGUUUUCAACUCUGCUCAGGCAGGACAUUGCAUUCUUUGAUGCCACUCGAACAGGCCAGAUGGUGAGCCGCUUAACUAACGACAUUCAGGAGUUUAAAUCCUCCUUCAAACUGGUAAUCUCUCAGGGUUUGAAGAGUGUCACUCAGACAAUUGGCUGUUUGGUUUCUCUCUACUUGGUGUCGCCAAAGCUAACGAGUCUAAUGUGUCUGGUGAUGCCAUUUCUCGUUGGAACUGGAGCGUAUAUAGGCUCGUACCUUCGGAAACUUUCCCAAAAGGCACAGGAACAGAUUGCCAAGGCAACAUGUCUUGCAGAUGAAGCACUGGGAAACAUACGGACAGUGAAAGCAUUUGCAAUGGAAGAUCUGGAAAUUAAUUUUUUCUCUCAAGAGGUGGAUGAAGCCAGCAGCAUGAGUCAGAUCCUGGGAUUCGGAAUUGGCAUCUUCCAGGGAUUAUCCAACUUUUCAUUAAACUGCGUAGUGCUGGGUACCAUCUGUGUCAGUGGAAUGAUGCUGGCGAAGGAGCAGCUGCGAGCUGGAGAUUUGAUGUCCUUCCUGGUGGCUACACAGACUGUGCAGAGGUCUUUGGCGAAUAUCUCCAUCACACUUGGACAGGUCAUUCGUGGGAUAAGCUCAGGAAGCCGUGUGUUUGAGUUCCUGACAUUGCAAUCGAACAUCCCAAUUCAAGGGGGAUUCCAGAUCCCAUCGCAUGUCCUGGUUGGACAGGUGCAAUUCGACAACAUUGAUUUCAGCUACCCCACCAGACCUGGUCAGGUGGUGCUGCACAACUUCAAUCUCACCCUGCCGGCCUCUAAAAUGGUGGCUAUUGUUGGACAAUCUGGGACAGGCAAGUCAACAAUAGCAUCUCUGCUGGAGCGGUUCUAUGACCCAGACAGUGGAAUUAUCACCUUAGACGGAUAUGACAUCAGGACUCUGGAUCCACAAUGGCUGCGCAGUCAUGUGAUUGGAUAUAUCAGCCAGGAACCUGUGCUUUUUGGCACCUCCAUCAAAGAAAAUAUUCGAUUUGGAAAGCCAGAUGCUUCCGAUGAGGAAGUUUAUGAGGCAGCACGGCAGGCAAAUGCAGAUGGCUUUAUCCAGAGCUUCCCAGAUGGAUACAUGACCAUUGUGGGUGAACGAGGAAUGUCUUUAUCUGGGGGACAGAGACAGCGGAUUGCCAUUGCCCGUGCCCUGAUUAAAAAUCCCUGCAUCCUGGUUCUGGAUGAGGCCACAAGUGCGUUGGAUGCAGAAUCCGAGAAAAUGGUACAGGAUGCACUGGAUCAUAUACAAAAAGGCCGUACAGUGCUGGUCAUUGCACACAGGCUGAGCUCAAUCAAGGCAGCUGAUGUCAUCUGUGUUCUUGCUAAUGGCUGCAUGAAGGAGGUGGGGACGCAUGCUGAACUGAUGAAAAGAGGAGGACUGUACGCAGAGCUGGUCCGCAGACAAACCAGCGAGGAGACCAUCAUGUGAAGGGAAGGGAGUGACAGAAUGAGCCAAGUGGUUUACAAGCAUUUUUGCACCUUUGAACACCUUCAUGUAAACAUGCUGUGAUUUGGGCAAAAUGAUUCCUCCCCAACCCAGUGACAGCCAAGUAUUAGGCAUUGAGAUUUGAUCACCAGUGGGCUGUGUGUCACAAAGAGCAAUUCCCUCACACUGUCCACUGGGACUGUGCAAGACAUUCAAUUCCAGAUUCUGUAUCUGCUCAAUCUGGGCUCUAUCUGCAGAGAACUCAGAGCACUAACACAUUGUGUGGUACAGUGCAGAUGGGUUAUGUCUGUCUCUGAGGAGAAAGUGAGGUCUGCAGAUGCUGGAGAUCAGAGCUGAAAAUGUGUUGCUGGAGAAG